AUGAGUUCUGGAAGCGAGUCAGGAAAGGAGGCUGGAAUAGGUGAUCGGGAACUUUGGAUCAAGAAGGGGAACAAAUCUGGAAAUAGCAUGUUGCUGUACCUACAGUGUAUGAACCAGCAAGAGGACAGUGAACUUGCUCCUAUUGACCCCGAGAUCGAACGCACUUUCAGAAAAAGGAGAAAAGAUCAAAAGGCUCAAAGCCGAGGCACUAUGGCUGAGCGUGUUGAUGAUGAGGGGGAUGGCCAGCAAGUUACUAAUCCCAUUGUUUUGGCGGAUGACAAAGCCAGAGCGAUACGGGAAUACGCUGCCCCCAUGUUUAAUGAGCUAAAUCCAGGCAUUGUGAGGCCAGAAAUACAAGCAGCUCAAUUUGAGCUCAAGCCGGUCAUGUUUCAAAUGCUCCAAACUGUGGGGCAGUUCAGCGGGAUGCCAACGGAGGAUCCUCAUCUCCACCUCCGUUCAUUCUUGGAGUUUCUGCGCAAAUAUUUCCCUCCCACCAGAAAUGCAAAAUUUCGAAGUGAAAUCAUGUCAUUCCAGCAGCUUGAAGAUGAAUCAACCAGUGAUGCAUGGGAGAGAUUUAAGGAGCUUUUGCGGAAGUGCCCACACCACGGUAUCCCACACUGUAUACAGAUGGAGACAUUCUACAAUGGUCUCAAUGCAGCCUCUCGAAUGGUCUUGGACGCUCCAGCCAAUGGAGCCAUUCUUUCCAAGUCUUACAACGAAGCAUUUGAGAUUUUGGAAAGGAUUGCAAGUAAUAACUAUCAAUGGUCAAACACUAAAGCUCCUACAAGUAGAAAGGUGGCGGGAGUUCUUGAAGUAGAUGCAUUAACGGCUCUAACAGCUCAAAUGGCCUCAAUGACCAACAUUUUGAAGAAUAUGAGUUUGGGAGGAAGUAUUCAGCCAGCUUCUGCCAUUCAAAGUGCAGAAGUGUCAUGCGUGUAUUGUGGGGACGGGCAUACUUUUGAGAAUUGCCCUUCAAAUCCAGCCUCAGUUUGUUAUGUGGGAAAUCAGAAUUUCAACCGCAACAACAACCCAUAUUCGAACACUUACAAUCCAGCGUGGAAGAAUCAUCCUAAUCUGUCAUGGGGGGGUCAAGGAGCAAGUUCAAGUACAGCACCAACACAAGGAAGACAAGCAUAUCCACCAGGUUUUUCACAGCAGCCAAGACCUUCACAACAUGUUCAAAACUCCCAGCCGAACUCUUUGGAGAAUCUAAUGAGGGAGAAUAUGGCUAAGAAUGAUGCAGUAAUACAGAGCCAAGCAGCUUCUCUUCGUAAUCUUGAGAUGCAGCUCGGCCAGCUAGCCAAUGAAAUGAAAACUAGGCCGCAAGGAUCUUUGCCUAGUGAUACAGAAAAUCCAAGGAGAGAUGGGAAAGAACACUGUAAAGCUAUUCAGCUGCGGAAUGGUAAAAAUCUGGGAAAUUCUGAGGAAAUACAGGGUAGUGGAGAGCCCACUUCAAUCCAAAGCGAAGGAGAAACAAGUAACAAAACUGCCCAGGAAAUUGCUGAAACUGGCCCAGUUGCUACAGCAAAGGGUCAGCAAACUGCUCUAGUAAAUUCUGGUCCUAAACCGCCCCUUCCAUUUCCGCAGCGAUUUCGCAAACAACAACAGGAUGGUCAGUUCAGAAAGUUUUUGGAUGUACUGAAACAGCUGCAUAUUAAUAUCCCCUUGGUCGAAGCAUUGGAGCAAAUGCCAAAUUAUGUCAAGUUCUUAAAGGAUAUUUUGACGAAGAAAAGGCGUUUGGGGGAGUUUGAAACUGUAGCACUUACAGAAGGAUGCAGCGCAAUGUUGAAAAGUAAGAUACCCCCUAAAUUAAAAGAUCCUGGCAUUUUUACAAUUCCGUGCUCAAUUGGGGGUAGAGAUGUGGGAAGAGCAUUAUGCGACUUAGGCGCUAGUAUCAACCUUAUGCCUAUGUCAAUUUUCAAGAAGCUGGGUAUUGGUGAGGCACGACCCACUACUGUUACUUUACAACUUGCGGACAGAUCUAUGGCUCAUCCCGAGGGCAAGAUUGAAGAUGUGUGUAGUUCAAGUGGAUAA